AUGGCUGCGUUGUUACCAUUAGUUUUGUCUGCCUCGCUGGUUGUGGUUGCGGUUGUUCUUUCCAUACUUGCAUGUACUGUGGUGGCAGGUAGCAACGUCUUACCGCUGUUUUCAUUACUUCUGUCGUUUAUUACACCACUACCCUUUUUGUUUUUUGGGCGGUCGGAAAGUACGUUUGAUGACGAUGGCGAAAUAAACGGAUUUGUCGUCUUCCUUAGCGGUGCCCUAGCCGUUUCAGCACCUUCUCUCUCCAUUGUGCUUUAUCACACGGGUUACAGUUCACUCGGUGCAUUUCUGUUAUCAUUGGGAUCGCAAGUGACGCUGUUGGGGGCGGCAGCAUUUCUCCAAUCUGGUGAGCGUCAAGAUGAAGAAGGUAAUUAUGAUUUGUAG